AUGCCUUUCGCGCGCACAGAUGAGAAGGGCACUACCUUAUACCACACCGGCAUCGGCGUCCCGCUAAGAGCGCCGAUAUAUACCGCUGUCGUCGUCAUCCGCAGGGCGACCGCCAACGGCGAUCUGUGCGAUUACUAUGCAUAUCGCUCGCAGCUCGUCGGUCAACUCGAUCCACCGACUCCAGGGAUUGCCAUGAACAUAUGCGAUUACGCAGGCUCGACGCUGUACACGUCCGAUGAGCUCGCCACGUCUCCGGUGCACGCCUGCUAG